GCCUGAGAGCGGGCAAAUUCUCCGAAAGAUUUGCUGAAUUUCCACGCUGUUGUCACCACAACCUAUUGAAAGAUUACCUUUCUAUCGAUUCUGGAUAUUUCCUUUUACGUCUAGACUGUUUUAUUCAACAUGAUAGGUGGUUUUUUCAUCUACAAUCACAAAGGAGAAGUGCUAAUUUCUCGAGUUUACCGGGAUGAUAUUGGCCGAAAUGCAGUGGAUGCUUUUCGGGUAAAUGUCAUCCAUGCAAGAGGCCAGGUAAGGUCACCAGUUACAAACAUUGCCAGAACAAGCUUCUUCCAUAUACGACAGGGAAAUGUCUGGCUGGCUGCUGUUACAAGGCAGAAUGUUAAUGCUGCUAUGGUGUUUGAGUUCCUCAAUCGCACAGUGGAGAUUAUGAUUUCUUACUUUGGAAAAGUCACUGAAGAAGGAAUCAAGAACAACUUUGUCCUUAUUUAUGAGCUCCUUGAUGAGAUCGCUGAUUAUGGAUACCCCCAGAAGACUGACACUGCUAUUUUGAAAACAUUUAUCACUCAGCAAGGUAUCAAGACACAGACCCGAGAAGAGCAAGCUCAAAUCACCAGCCAAGUAACCGGACAGAUUGGUUGGAGGAGAGAAGGGAUCAAGUACAGGAGAAAUGAACUGUUCCUUGAUGUACUGGAGUCUGUUAAUCUGCUUAUGUCACCACAGGGUCAGGUUCUAAGUGCCCAUGUGUCAGGCCGGGUUGUGAUGAAGAGUUUCCUGUCUGGAAUGCCCGAGUGUAAAUUUGGCAUGAAUGACAAAUUGGUUGUUGAAAAACAGAAGAGUGGAACUUCAGACCCAUCUCUUGAUCCACAAAAGAAGUUAGUNAGGACCAGAGAUGAAAAACUUUUCAAGCCCUCUCUUGUCUGUUUGCAGUGUGUUAAGCUCAGCAAAUUUGAGACAGAGCGUGCAAUUAGUUUUAUACCACCUGAUGGAGAGUUUGAGCUAAUGAGAUACCGCACCACUAAGGACAUAAGUCUCCCAUUUAGAGUUAUUCCCUUAGUGAGAGAAGUAGGAAGGUCACGGAUGGAAGUAAAAGUAGUCAUCAAGUCUAACUUCAAACAGUCAAUACUGGGUCAGAAAAUAGAGGUAAANAUUAAGGACACUGAUUUGUUAUCGUGUUUUUAUUUUCAGGUUCCAUUUGCAUGUUCUGGGUUGAAGGUUCGGUACCUGAAGGUGUUCGAGCCUAAACUGAACUACAGUGACCAUGACACCAUCAAGUGGGUGCGCUAUAUAUCAAGAUCAGGCCUGUACGAGACAAGAUGCUGAAGCUUUAUCAAUCUAACAAUGUAGUUCCAUUCAUAUUCUAUUUUAUCCAUUUCUGGUAAUUCACUGCCUUGUCUUUAUGAAGCUUUACUAAGGGCCAACAUCGCAAAUUCAAGUCAGUUUUCAACAUCCUCAGUUUAAGGAAAAUGCUACAUUUGAGACUUCAUGAUUAGUCCUGAGGAGAACAGUUAGUGUUAUUUUCUCCGCCUCAGGAAACACUGAGAUUCUUGAGAGACAAAGUUAACUGGUUUCCUUAAGGACCAAUUAUUAAUUGACUUGUUAUAUAGCACGACGAAGACAUAGAAAAUUAAAUUUCACGUGUAACAGAGGGGGUAACAGUGUAUAUUGUUACUUUCUGAUGUCAUAGAUCUUGCAAUAUUGCCCGCGUAGACACUUUUGGCGGGAAACAGUGUUAUUGUUACAUUUCAUGUGACCUCAAAGUAGCCAAUAGCCAAUGACAGCAUGCGCUGUUGGGGAAGAAAAUUCCAGCUAUAUAUAA